UCUAAAUUAGAGGCUCUCGCUGGUUCAAUGGUCAAAAUUGCAGCUAAAGAUGUGAUCGCCACCUGGAAAAUAAUUGUUGCUGCGUUUGCAGCACCUAUGCUUUACGCUGCUUAUACUGCAAUCUACAUUGCUUAUCUUAUAAAACAUCGCCCCACCAUGUCAACAAGAUCAAAGAUGAUAAGAGCUGCCAUAUCUUGGAUCAUGCAACCCCUAAUGCAUUACGUUUUGAUGAGGUUGGGAGAUUCAGGCCGCGAUAUUUACAAAUCCAUCAAACCAUUGUUUUUGGCUAUCCGAAAUCCGGAAUGCGGGAAGCUAUUGCAAGCCUUCCGCAGUGAACUUUCGCGAGACAUUACGGAAUUUGUCAAUGAAAAUGCGUCUGUCAUGUUAUCGGACGUCUACAAAGAAUCCAAUCCAGAGUCCAGGGCACAGACAAACAUUGUUUAG